AGUUGAUUUGGUAAGUCAAAAGAGUCAAGAUGUUUCUGAUUCUGUUGGUGAUAAUACUGGCUCUGGCAUACUAUUUGUUGUACCGGAAUUUGGACUACUGGAAGAAACGAGGCAUUCCCGGACCGCGCCCCUACCCCAUUGUUGGCAAUUUGGGAGAUAUUAUUACAGGAAAACGAGGAGCAGAAGAAAUAUACACUGAUAUCUACAGAAAGUACGAAGGAUACCCUUUCGUCGGAGUAUUCAAAUCAAUAAUUCCAGUUCUUCUCGUAAGAGAUCCUGAUCUCAUCAAGUGCAUAACCCUCAAAGACUUCCCGAGCUUCCAGAACAAUGACAUCUUCGCAGACAAAAGUAUUGAUCCCAUCUUCGCCAGGAAUCCUUUUGCUCUUAGAGGAAAUGAAUGGAAAACGAAAAGGGCACAGCUGACCAACUGCUUCAGCUCUGGAAAGAUCAAGGCUAUGUACCCAGUGGUAGAUAAGAACAGUCAGAACAUGGUGAGAUACAUAAACAACGAGAUGAAGACUUCGAACUGUUUCGAUGCCAGGGAAAUUUUCGUCAGGCUCAUGUUGGACAAUGUUGCCGCAUGUGCUCUGGGGAUCGAAGGGAAAUGCUUCGAUGAACCUUACUCUGAAAUCAGAAGGAUGGCAGACAACUUCUUCUUUACGGAAGGAUGGUCCAGUUUGAGGUUCAUUCUUUGCUUCAAUCUGCCUCCACUAGCUAAUUUCUUCAAAGUGAAAGUUAUAACACAAGAAGUUGAAGACACCUUGAUGUCGAUAGUGAGGUCAACAUUGAAGUACCGCAGAGAAAACAACAUAGUUGCGCACGAUUUCUUGCAAUCUGCGUCACAACUAGACAGUUCACAAAGCAUUUUCAACGAUGUAGAUAUCACUGCCCAUGUUGCAAGUUUCUUCACAGAUGGAUAUGAAACCAGUUCUAGGACAACAGCUCUAUUGAUUUUUGAAUUGGCAUUGAACAAGGACGUUCAACAAAAACUGAGAGCCGAAAUAGUUGAGGCUUAUGAACAAAACGGAAGGCAGUUCGAUUAUGAAUCCAUCAUGAAAUUGGAAUAUCUCGAUGCUUGUGUUCACGAGAAUCUGAGGAAACACUCUGUCGUUCCUCUGAUGCCCAAGAUCUGCACUGAGCAAUUCACCUACACUCCCACGAAUCCUGAAUACAAGAAUAUCUCGGUGACGAUCGAACCUGGGACUUCAAUCGUGAUCCCUUCCACAGCCAUCCACCAUGACCCCAAGUACUUUGAGGAGCCAGAAAAGUUCAAGCCAGAAAGGUUCAUCAAUAAGGACGUCAACAAAUACGCCUAUUUAGGAUUUGGCUUGGGACCCAGAAUGUGUAUAGGUAGGAUUAGAUUAGGUUCUCGUUUCGCUAUAGCACAGAUGAAAGUUGGUUUGGCUUAUUUCCUGAAAAACUACGAAUUCACAGUGAGCCCCAAGACAGAAACACCUCUGAAGUACGAUCCUUGGUUCUUCCUUCUAUCGGUGAAGAGUGGUCUCUGGAUUGAAUUGCGGAAGAUUGAAGAUAACUGA